CGCGGAGGGGCCGGGACCCCGGGCUGCCGAUGCUCCAGCUCUGCAAGGUCACGGCCUCCCUGUUCCUCGGCACGGCCAGGGCAGCCUGCGACGAGGAGCUGCUCUCGCGGGAGGGAGUCACCUUCUGCAUCAAAUGUCACCAGCAGCAGCCGUUCCCCGGCCUCCCGCGGGUGCGCGGCAUUCGCGUGCCCGUGUUCGACGACCCGGCCGAGGACCUGUACCGGUACUUCGAGCCGUGCGGCGCCGCUAUCGAGGAGGCCGUGCGGGGCGGGGGGAAGUGCCUGGUGUACUGCAAGAACGGCCGCAGCCGGUCGGCUGCCAUUUGCACGGCUUAUCUGAUGAGACACCGGCAGCUCCCGCUCAAGGACGCGUUUGAGGCUGUGAAGACUGCUAGACCUGUAGCAGAACCCAACGCAGGAUUUUGGUCUCAGCUGCAGAGAUAUGAAGAAGAUUUGCAGAUACUAAAGCAGCCAGGUCCACUGAGCAAAGGACUUAAAACUAACAGUGUCUGAAGAUGCGUUAAAACAGAGUGAAGUUUCUACAGAUCUAAAAAACAAAAAAAACAAACAAAAAAAACCUUCCUGAAUCACCUCUACAUAAAAUGCCUGAUGGUGCAUUAGAUUCAUUCAGCGCAUUUCUGUUGAAGGUGCAUGGAAACAGGGUGAAUAAGCAGGGAGAAACAACAAAAACAAAAAAUGGUUGGAAGGACUGUAAACAAAGCAGAGAAGGCAUGGAACCUUCAGCAGUUAUUUCCCCUGAAUGACACUGAAUACGAUAACAAUGUACUGAAUGAGUGAAGGAGUUACCUCACAGCAGUUUUGGUUGUAAUUAAAUUUCCCAGUGAUGCCACUGGAAGACCUGAUGCCAGACUAAGGAAGUUCUGAAUUCCUGUCUCACAACCUGCUGAUAUUAAGUCAUAAUUCAUGUUCAUGAGCUGACACAACUUUGGUUGGAAACUAACACUAGUUGAUGCUUAGUCUGCCAUUUUCCUUCUGUUCAACUAGACCAAAGCACCUUCAUAAAAUUACCUAAAAAUCCAGAGGACAGAAUGUACAGAUGAUGGCAAGAGUUCAGCUCCCAACAUGCAAGUUAAGUGCCUUUUCAGCUUUUUGAAAUUAUUCUCUAAAACACCAAAGGAAUGAUUAAAAAACAACAGUUGAUAGUGGGGGUAAGAAGAUGACACUGGCAAUUUAAGAAGUAUCCUCACUCUUUUAGGCUUUACUUACUAAGUCUAACAAGAUCUGCCAGUGCCCAACACGUGCCUUAUGUGCCAGUUUACAAGUCAGCUGUACCUGCAUCCAAGCAACAUGGCUAAAUCUGCUAAGACUGCUGUGCGGUUGCUUUCUGAAAUUAUCUAUUGGGACAUCAAGAAACUGCAUGAAACUUCUAAAUCAGACUAUUAUAUGUUUAUUGUAAGACAUUAGAAACUAGAGAGAAACACCAAGGUAUUUGUCAAACUGUGUGAAUCCAUCUGUAAUUUAAAAGGGACAAGUUAUGAAACCUAUGAACCUGCAGGGUGAAAUUCCAUUUCGUGUUGCUUAAAGCAUAAAUAUGAAAUAAAAUUAGCUUAUCACCAUCUGUCUGAGUGCUCACACAAGCAAACAUAUGCUCCCAGCACUGGCUAGUUUAAGGCAGAAAUUCUAAUGACGGAACAAUGACAGAGAAUAAGCCUCUGGGAAGUACACGAAUUAGGACAAUUCAGAUGCAGGUAGAAGUUCCCAAAGUUUAAAGAUUGCUCAAAAGUUAAAAUAGGAUUAUUUUAAAAAGCUGAAAAACAUAGAAAUAAAAAUAAAAAUUCAGGCUAUUGUUUUCUUAGUUACCACAAAGGCAUUUUCACACCAAUGCUUUCUCCCUCCCAGCUGUGUUUGGUUCAUUCCAUAUCAUUUAGUUUUGGUAUCUGCAUUACAACCAUGAAAUUGUUGCACAUCUGCAGAUUUGAAGGUGAGUGGUGCUAGAGAAUUUAUUGUAGCUCUUAUAAACCUUGACUAGUCAUCAUAAUAAAGAUUGCAGUAAUACAUCGAUCCUUAUGAAUUGCCAGGAUACCACUAUCAAAAAAUCUGUUCCAGUCAAUCCAUGGAAUAAAGUUUAUUUCCUGUCAAAAAGCUAAAGCUGCUAAACAAAAGUAGGAAGCUAAACAUUAAUGAAAACACAAUACGUUUUUAACUGUGAGGCACAUGAACUCCCAGUCAAACACAGCUAUCAGUUCCACAUGUUUGAGUCAGCUGAAAUGGAAACGGUUGCUCUCAAGUGUCAGCACAUACUGCGCUCUGGUUAAAUUUUACCAGCCUUGUCAGCACGCAGAAAACCUUCUUGUGGCAGGAUUUCACUGUCACAUCUUCUGUAGAAAGCUAUUUACAUCUGAAAACCAUUCCUAUUUACAUUGGAAAGCACUCCUUCUCCUGUACUGCUCCGAAUUAAGAGAUAAGAUUGCAACUUGGAACCGGAACCCUGGAAGUAGUUCACUUCUUUAUUUGAGUUCAUAACCUACAAAUGUUACAGGCGAUGCAAAAUGGAAGUUUAGACAUACUCCUUGUUGCUUAUGAUCGUCUCAGUGUUCCUGGAAUACAUGUGUUGGCUGAGGA